AUGUGGUCCGCCCACCCCUCCCCCGAAGAUCUCACCUCUUCCAUCCCUCCCCCCACGGAACUGGACUGUAAUGAUCUCACGCAGCUGUCAUGGUCCCACCCACAGUCACCCACCCUCAUCCACGCGGCCGCUGGGGGUCUGACAUCACUUGUUUUGUUCAAGUUCAUACUGCAAUCUAUUCAAGAGGUCGCCAUGCCUCCCACCACUCCCUACGCAGGCAAGUUCGGCUCCUGCGGCCCUUACACCAGCAACAGCAGCAACAACAACCACCACCCGCAACCGCACAGCCCGUACCAGAGCAACACCGCGCCUAAACCCACCACCAAGACCCACGACAACAUCUACAACUGCGCAUACGUGGCCACCGAGAACCCCUACGACAUCCCCCAUAAGUCGACCCACGUUCCGUACCGCAGCUCUUCUCUUUCGUCCUCCAACACCAACCAUCAUCAUCGCAACGGUUCUCACAAUGCUCCUCACAACGCUCCUCACAACGCUCCUCACAAUGCGCCCCACAGCCCGCGACCUAACGGCGGCGUGCCCGCUCACGGCCGCGGCUCGUACCGCAGCAGCAGCGGCAGCAGCAGCAGCGAGCAGAUCUGUCACAACAGCUCCGCGCCAACGGCACCAAAAGGCAGAGUGUUUGGUCAGGGCGGGGUCAUCGCCAGCUACGGGGAGAUGUGUUACCACGACAACAGCCUGGUGUCGGCGUCGUUGGAGGCGCUGAUCCAACACCUGGUGCCCACGGUGGACUAUUAUCCAGAUAGGUCGUACGUGUUCACCUUCCUGCUGAGCUCACGCCUCUUCCUGCCGCCGUACGAGCUGAUGACCCGCGUCUGUCACCUGUGCGUGGAGCAGCAGCGGUCAGGAGACGCUCUGCUCGAUAAGAUCCGAUUCCGCGAGGUGGCGCCCAAACUGGUGCAGCUGCUUACCGAAUGGACCGAGACGUUUCCAUACGACUUCAGAGACGAGAGGAUGAUGCGCUGCCUCAAAGACAUGUCCAACCAUGUGGCCAGAGGGGACGAGUAUUCUUGGAGAGCCAUGCAGCAGAUGACACAGCGGCUGAUCAAGCGCCUGUCCGCCCUGGGGCAGUAUGAGGAGGCGGUGGCGUCCCUAAACAUCGUGGCCCUGGAGCGUCCCUCGUCGCUGAAGUCUAAACAGGCGGCGGCUCAGAGGAGCGACGUACUGAGCGCGUGCGAAGACCCGUUUGUCCUGGCCCAGCAGCUCACACACAUCGAACUGGAUCGGCUGAGUUUCAUUGGCCCAGAGGAGUUCAUUCAGUCAUUUGCCAUGAAGGACCCUCUCGAGAAUCAGAAGGGUUUCUUCCGCAAGCGCAAAACCAACAACCUGGAGGCCUACGUCAACUGGUUCAACAGGCUCAGUUACCUGGUUGCCACGGAGAUAUGCAUGCCGGCUAAGAAGAAACAGAGAGCACGCAUCAUCGAGUUUUUCAUCGACGUGGCGCAAGAGUGCUUCAACAUCGGCAACUUCAACUCCCUCAUGGCAAUCAUCACUGGGAUGAACAUGAGCCCUGUUUCACGCCUGAAGAAAACCUGGAGCAAAGUCAACACCGAUAAAUUUGACAUUUUGGAGCAUCAAAUGGACCCAUCCAGUAACUUCAGUAACUACCGCACUGCGCUCCGUGGCGCCACCCAGAGGUCAGAGACGGCACACAGCAGUCAGGAAAAGAUUGUGAUUCCGUUCUUCAGCCUUCUCAUCAAAGACAUUUACUUUCUGAACGAAGGAUGUGCCAACAGGCUCCAAAACGGACACAUCAACUUUGAGAAACUGUGGGACCUGGCCAAGCAGGUGAGCGAGUUCCUGGUGUGGCGUCAGGUGGUCUGUCCGUUUGACAGAGACCGGCGCGUGCUGCAGUAUCUGGUCACCACUCCGGUCUACAGCGAAGACGAGCUGCACUUGGCUUCAUAUGAAAGUGAAGGGCCUGAGAACAACAUGGAGAAGGACAGCAGGAGAUCCCUAAGAUCUUCCCUUCUGCAUCGGGAGAACCGGUCCUAA